GAUGAAGAAAUGGCUGUGAAGUAUAUUUCUGAAGCUGCACUGGCUCUUGAUUACCUCCACAGGCAUGGGAUAAUCCAUAGAGAUCUGAAGCCAGACAACAUGUUAAUAUCAAAUGAGGGUCACAUUAAGUUGACAGACUUUGGCUUGUCCAGAGUUGCUUUGAACAGAGAGAUAAAUAUGAUGGAUAUCCUCACUACACCAUCAAUGCCUAAACCGAAGCAAGAUUAUUCACGCACUCCGGGGCAAGUGUUGUCUCUAAUCAGCAAUUUGGGUUUUUACACCCCGGCUGGAGUUAAAACGUACGUGCCUAGUCCUAGCCCUAUUUCUGUGGAUACACCAAGGCCCUCUAAAGGAUUUGUUUCUCCCCUCUCCGUGAGCCACAGAGACUGUGCUUCUGCGUCAAGUAAGCUGCUACGGGCAUGCCUUGAUUCUUCACUUGUGAUGCCUGUGAGAAGUCUGACACCAAGUCUACUUCAGGCCCGGAAAAGAUACGGGACCUCAAGUGCCAGUAGCCUUUCCCAUACCCAGCUGUCCAGUACGGAGUCUGAGUGCUGCAGCAGUCCCAGGUGGGAGAAUGAAAUACAGGAAGCAGAAGACAUAUUCUACCCUGCCACAGGCAAAGUGACUUCAUCAGAGAAGCUUUGUAAUGCAGAUUUACUUUUUAUCAAUGACGCUAAAGCUUUAAAGAGGAAAGUGCUGGAGUCUGUCAUAUCCCCUAUUAGCAGCAGUGAUUCUGGGAGCAGGCAUGAAGGAAAAACAGAACGAGGAGACCUGUGCGACGCCUCUGGAAGGACUUGCGAUGUGAAAGAUCUGGUGCGAAAAUGUCUUUCGGAAUAUAAAGAAUGGGAAGGAAAACUUAGUGCAGACAAAUCUCCUCUGGCUAAGUUGGCGGCAGAGUCUUCUGACGGCCAGAUGUCACCUUCGUGCUUGGCCAACCUUGUCCAAGAAAAGAAAGAGGAGGCAAGGUUGGUGGUGAAGCAGGGUGUCAAAAGAAGCUUUGAACUGAUUGACUCUAGCCCUUCUCAAGGAUUUGCCCUUGUUAAAAAAAACAGUGCAAAAUACAAACGUGGGUGUAAAAUUGUAGAUAUCCCAGCACAGCAACGCACAAGUUUAACAACUGAAAUUCGUUACUUGAAUCUUGCUGGUGAUGGAGGCCUGCCAGAGACCUGUACAACUAAUGGUCAAACAAAAGACUUCAGCUGCACUCACCCAAACGUGGACGGAAAGCCAACCGCGUCUUUAAUCGCUAAAAAUCUUAUGCCUGAUCUAGAUGCAGACAGUGAAAAGAAUGGGAAAAAGGAGCACUUGAGUUCCAGCUUCAUAUGCAUUGAUGAUGAAAAGCCUUUAGCAAGUGUGAGUGUGGACUCUGAUCUGUCCCUUCCAGAAGUGUCUGCUGCAGAUGCGCAUUUAGAAAAGCACCUAUCCAAUAAAGCAGGGAGCAUUAAAGACCUCACCUUUGAAGAGCUGAAAACAGAGGAUGUAUCUGAAAUGUCACUUAGCCGUGCAGAUGCCUCACCAAGAGGUGAAGAAGUGCUUAGUCGCCAGGAGGACAAGCAAUUGCAUCAUGAACAGGACAAGAAUUUGCAAGGUGUGACUGAAAAACAUACUGUCAUCCAUUUUUCUCCAUCCGUGGAGAUGAUGAAAACCCUUACCCUUUUCAAGAAAAAUAUGGUUGCCUUUCGUAGCUACAACAGUCCGAUCAAUAUGUCAAAUAUAUCUGAGCCAUCAAGAAUUAGCACAAUUUCUGUAGAAGGAAUGGAUAUCUCUGCUUGUAGUGGUUCUUAUCCAAUGGCUAUUACACCUGCACAAAAGGGGAAGCCCUACAGAGUUUAUCAGACCCCUAAUCAGGGAAAUGCUGGUACACCCUACAGGACUCCAAAGAGUGUCCGAAGAGGAGCUGCUCCCAUCGAGGGAGAACGCAUUCUAGGGACCCCAGAUUACUUGGCACCUGAGCUGCUCUUGUCAAAGGCUCAUGGUCCUGCAGUAGACUGGUGGGCACUUGGAGUUUGCUUGUUUGAGUUUUUAACUGGAAUUCCUCCAUUCAAUGAUGAGACACCGCCACAAGUAUUCCAGAAUAUUCUGAAAAGAGAUAUUCCAUGGCCAGGAGAUGAAGAGAAGUUAUCUGAUAAUGCUCAAAAUGCAAUCGAUAUUCUUUUAACCAUCGACAGUACAAAGCGAGCUGGACUCAAGGAGCUGAAAAUCCACCCCCUCUUUCAUGGCGUAGACUGGGAUAAUCUGCAGAAUCAGAACAUGCCCUUCAUCCCACAACCAAAUGACGAAACCGACACAUCUUAUUUUGAAGCUAGGAAUAAUGCUCAACAUCUAACAGUAUCCGGAUUCAGCUUGUAAUAUCAAGAAAACUGAAUGUUCCAUAGGGCUGUUCAUUUAUAAAGACUCCUUAACACUCGUUUACUCUUGGUUUUGUAACCAUUUAGUUUUUAAAAUAUGACCUGCUUUUUAUACUGUACGUCUUUAUUACAAGCUGCAUUGAAGCUUUUAGCUCCAAACAGUUUCUGAUCCUUUUAUCAGUUUCUGCACCUUAUGUAAAGCCAAGUAUUAUGUAUGUAAUGGUAAAACGACACUUUCACACACGAACAAAAUGUGGUUUUCUGCUGCUAUGGAGCAUUGAUAAUGUUGGGAGGAGGGGCUGUCAUUGCAGUGUAACUUUUGGGGUGGAGGGUUAAGUGCAUAAGAUGUAUCUAUCUUUCAUGUGCCUGCGAUUCAAAAGUAGGGGUGAGAAUUACUGAAAUCUGUUUGAAACUUUAUAACAAUUCCAAUUUUUCUUUCAGUGCAGACCAGAGAACCUUGUCCCUCUUGUGUGUGUUCUCUUAUCCUUUUGGGAUAUGCAAUGUUUCAGGCACUUUAGGUCAUUUAUGAACUGCCUAUUCUGCUGCUAAGCUAUCAGUGUUCUAAAUUGUUUCUAUUUUUAUUGCCAGUGCUUGCUUUCCCCCCUACCCUACUUAAUUUUGAAAUUGUGGCAAAAGAGAAAAAAAAACCCCUUAUGUAGGUUUUUUAAAAUUGUCCUACUGAAAAGACUUAGAGGCUACUGUGGCUUGUAAAUGAAACAUUUUUUUAUAAUUUUAAACACAGAAAAUUGGAGGCUCCAUUUGGUCAUUUUAAAAAAGCCAGAUGUUUGUAACAGCCUACUUAAAACAUGAGAAUCAAAAAGUGUAUAUUAAAGUCUAUAUAAUGUAUUUAUACAAUUCAAUGAAAUAGAGAACAUCUGAUUUUGUUUCAAUAAACAUUGAAUGAAAAUUGA